AUGACAACGGAAAAAGAUGUUGUAAACUCGUCUCCAACCACUAUCUCCAAUGCAAAUUUACCGAAAAUUUCCUCAAAAGCUACCCAGUCAAACAAGGAGUCUUUCUACUCAGUCUUAGCUAAAACACCAUAUCCAGCAUGGGCUAUGUCCGCUUUAUGUUUCGCUUCAACUCCUGCAGCGAUGAUGAAACUCACUGGAAUACCUUCCCUUCUUGAACUGUCUGCUUUCGGUUUUAUAUUCGCAGGUGCUGGUUACAUUACGAGCACAGGAGACAUUACGAAUGGAUCGGGGACCACGACAGCCUGGUCUCUUUCAUAUACGCUGUUCAACAUGAAGAGAGCGGUAAAAUCAAAAAAACCUCUUCCACUUAUUUUGGUGUCAGGAGCAUUGGCAAACGCAGCGUUGCAUGGGAAACAAUACUUUUUUUCUGAACCAGAUUCAGACUAG